AUGAGGCCUCAGCAUGUUGAAGAUGGUGAUCAUGAACACCAUAGUAAUGAUAAUAAGAACAACAACUCUUCAUUUUCAACAAGUGCUUAUCACAUGGAGAGGGUUUUCCCUGUUUAUGCCAUGGGAAUUCCAAACCCAUUACACUCUUCUGCCUUUCAUAAUAACCAUUUGGAUAUUUCUCUUCACACCAUUUGGGAUCAUAUAAGAGAAGAAGCCAGGUUUGAGGCAGAAAGGGAACCAAUUUUGAGUAGCUUCUUGUAUGCAAGUAUUUUGUCACAUGAUUGCUUAGAGCAAGCACUAGCAUUUGUUCUUGCAAAUCGUCUCCAAAAUCCUACUCUUUUGGCAACUCACUUAAUGGAUAUCUUUUGCAAUCUCAUAAUGCAUGAUGAAUCUAUCCAAAGAUCUAUUCGUUUGGAUCUCAAGGCAUUUAAAGACAGAGAUCCUUCUUGUUUGUCAUAUUGCUCUACACUUUUGAAUACAAAGGGUUACCAUUCUUUGCAAGUGUACCGUGUAGCGCACGCUUUGUGGGGCGAGGGUCGAAAGGUAUUGGCUUUAGCUUUGCAAAGUAGAGUUAGUGAGGUUUUCGGCAUUGAUAUACAUCCCGCUGCAAAAAUAGGAGAUGAAAUUCUAUUAGAUCAUGGAACACGUGUGGUUAUUGGUGAAACUGCCAUUGUUGGAAACAGAGUCUCAUUGAUGCAAGGUGUGACUUUAGGAGAAACAGGGAAAGAAGGGGGUGAUAGGCAUCCCAAAGUAGCAGAAGGUGUUCUAGUUGGGGCAAGUGCAAUCAUACUUGGUAACAUAAGAAUUGGUGAAGGUGUUAAGAUUGUUGCUGGUUCUCUUGUCUUGAAAGAUGUUCCUCCCCAUAGCAUUGUGGCAGGUGUACCAGCACAUGUUAUUGGAUGCUUAAAUGAGCAUGAUCCAUCUUUAACCAUGAACCCAGAUGCUACAAAAGAAUUUUGA